AUGCAAGUACAGAUCACGCUAUUCACCUGCGGUGGAUACGCCGUCGGCGUGAAGUUAGCGCACUGUCCAGCAGAUGCACAGGCCCUCAUGGCCGUUACGCAUAUAAGGUCAAUAAACAGCCAGAAAAGCUUUGGGGUCCAGCUAAAAUCAAUGGCCCAACCAGUGUUCGACCCCGAAUUACUGGACAGUUGCGCUGGCGGCGACAUCGACAGUCCCGACCUCAGUUUCACGCUGCUGCCCUUCACAGGCACAGAACUAGCGAAGCUCAAAGCACUUGCCCUUGCAGAUGGUAGCCAUAAGCAACGCAUGCACAUGUGA